UAGUAAGGGGGGUGGGGGUAUAGCUCAGUGGUAGCAUAUGAGGCUCUGGGUUUAAUCCCUAAGACCCACCCUACCCAAAUUGGUAAGAAUAUUGUAUCUUAGGGCUGGGGAUAUGCUCAGGAUAUAGCUCAGUGAUAAAGAUGUGUGUCUAAGCAUUUGUGAGGCCCUGGGUUUAAUCUCUAGUACCAUAAGAAUAUUGCAUCCAAAAUUCUAGAAAUCAUUUUAGUACAUUUUCUUGAUCUUACUACGGUGAAGGCCAACAGACCAUAGACUAGUAGGUAGCGUGGAUUUUAAAAUAGACAUAUGAGUUCAGCUUUGUCCUAACCAUGUUUCUUGCUAGCUAGUCAGUCAGGUCUAAAUAGGAGGCAUGAAAGUGGGUUUUUACAUCCUAGAAGCUCCCAGAUUGAAGCCUCUCAUUUGGAUUUCAUAAGGGUGCUUGGUUAGAGUUUAGAGGAGGUUAUAACCUUUGAAGGAAAUGUUGACGCCCUAGAAAAUUAUUUCAACUUAAUAAGCUCGUUGUGAUCUUAGUUAUUUUAUGUUCAAAUAAAGUGGAAAAACAUUUCUGAUUUGUGCUGAUAAUAUAAAUGGCAAAAAUAUGAAAUGCAACUUUAAGUGAUACUUAGCCCAAAAGAAAAGAUGUUAGAAUUACUAUAACGUUUCAGAUCAAAAUAACCUUAAUGAAAUUCCUGCAUAUAUCCCAAGUGGUGGCAACCAUUGUUGCAUAUUUUUUUUUCAACUGCUUAGAAACCUUUUGUUUGGUUGCUGGCUAGUUGCCAUGGUCACAUUGUGUCUGAGAUUAGAGUAGUGACCUCUGCUAUCAGUGUAACUCAAGACACCCAGGCUUAGAGCUUGACUAUCUGGGGAAUCUUAUUGUGUGCUGGAGCCACAGUCAACAUGAAUCAGAGGGUUCUGAAGAAACUGGUGGAACCCAUCAGUAAAACUGUCAAGAGCUUCAAAAGAAGUGAAGUAGAAUGUCUCAUAAGACUCUUUUACAGCGUGGUGGGAAGAACUGGUGGGAAAUCUGGAAAUACUGGGCUAGAUCGUAACAAAUUUCGAGGGAUCCUGAACAACAUAUUUGGAAUGACUGAUGAUACAUUGAUGGAUAGGGUCUUUUCUGCAUUUGACAAAGACAAUGAUAACUCCAUAAAUGUGAAAGAAUGGGUAAAAGGAUUGUCAGUGUUUCUUCGAGGGACAUUUGAAGAAAAGUUGAAAUUCUGUUUUGAAGUUUAUUAUUUGAAUGGAGAUGGUUACAUUUCUCGAGAGGAAAUAUUCAACAUGUUGAAGAACAGUCUGUAUCAACAAUCGUCUGAAGAAGAGAAUGAUGAAGGAGUAAAAGAAUUGGUAGAGAUAGCACUGAAGAAAAUGACUUUGAAAAAGCAGUGAGAGAAGACAGACUUCUGUUGGAGGUGUUUGGACCAUGUUUGCCAACAGCACAG